AUGAUGGGCCACAAAUUCCAAAAGCAACUCACUUCCGUUGCUCCCCACCUUCCGCCCUUCCGCCCUUCCGCCCCUUAUCCCCCAUAUCCCCAUUGUCCCCUUGCGGCCCCGCCCCCCCAUGUGGCGCGCGCAGCCAAGAAGGAGCAGGAGGCGGCAGCGCGGAGGGCGGCCAGAAGGGCAGAGCUGGCCGCAGCAAGCCAGCCUGUGACUGGGGGGACGGACGUGGGGGGGGGUGCUGAGGAAGGUCGGGGGGGAGAGGAAGGGGAGGAGGGGGAGGAGGUGGAAGAGGGGGAGGAGGUGGAAAAGGGGGAGGAGGUGGAGGAAGGGGAGGUGGUGGAGGAAGGGGAGGAAUGGGAGGAGAUCGAUGAAGCGAGUGUGGAAAGGGAGAUUACUGAAGAAAAAGCAGAGUGCAGCGAAGGGGAAACAGAGGACAGUGGGGAGGACAGUGAGGAGGAAGAGGGGGAGGAGGGGGAGGAAAUGGAGGGGGCGGCGGAAAGGGUGGAGGGUGAAGAAGAGGAAGAUGGGGCAGAGUUUUGGAUGCCUCCUGUAGGCGACAGGUGGGACGGGGAUGAUGGGGGUGAUCGAUGGGGCAGCAGAGAGGAGCGGAGGGAGGCGAAACGGAAACGGCGAUCUGAAGAGGAGGAAGUGGGGGAAGAUGAGGAAGAAGACUCAGAGGACGAGGAGGAAGAAGAGGGAGAGGGGGAGGAAGAGGAUGAUGGGGAGGGGGGGGAGGAGGAGGAUGAGGAUGCGGGGGAUGAAGAGGAGGAGGAGGAUGAGGAUGAGGAAGAUGAGGAAGAAGCAUUGUUUUGGAUGCCUCCUCCAGGUGACAGGUGGGAUGGGGAUGACGGGGGUGAUCGAUGGGGCAGCCGGGAGGAGAAGCGGAGGCUCAGUCAAAAGCAAGAGGAGCAGGGGGAGGGGAGUGAGGAGGGUGAGGAGGACGGAGAGGAGGAAGGAGAGGAGGGGGAGGAGCAGGAAACAGCUUCACAGGCCACUAGAGCACCAGAAAGCAAUAGGCGUAAGCGUAGAAAAAAGGGGAGGGGCCGUUGUUGA